CUCGCCGCGGCCGGAGACCGGGAAUCGACGCCGAAGCACUCGCACGCAGCGCGCCUGCGCAGGUCCCGGCGUUUGCGAUCGGUGGCGCGGGAAGCGAUGGCGUCUGGCAGCAGUUCCGAAGUGGCGGAGCCCGCAGAGCCGGCGGCGGCGCCCGCGGCAGCAGAAACAGAGGAGGACCAGGUGAAGAGACGGCGGCUUCAGUGCCUGGGCUUUGCGUUGGUGGGGAGAUGCGACGCCACGACGGCCCCCACCUUCCUGUCGGAGAACAACUGGCAGACGCAAAAAGCGUUGAGCGCCUACUUCGAACUUCCAGGGAACGACCAAGCAGGGCAGCGCCAGCCUCCGACGUCCUUCAACUCCGAGGCCUAUAUUGAUCUAACCAACGAGGAUACAAAUGAUACCAUCAUUUUAGAAACCAGUCCAUCUGGAACUCCUCUAGAAGAUAGCAGCACUAUCUCUUUCAUUUCCUGGAAUAUUGAUGGAUUAGAUGGAUGCAAUCUGCCAGAGAGGGCUCGAGGAGUGUGUUCCUGCCUAGCUUUGUACAGUCCAGAUGUAGUAUUUCUACAGGAAGUUAUUCCCCCAUACUGUGCCUACCUAAAGAAGAGAGCAAGCAGUUACAAAAUCAUUACAGGUAAUGAAGUAGGAUAUUUCACAGCUAUACUAUUGAAGAAAGGAAGAGUGAAAUUUAAAAGUCAAGAGAUUGUUCCUUUUCCGAAUACCAAAAUGAUGAGAAACCUUCUGUGUGUAAAUGUGAGUUUGGGUGGAAAUGAAUUUUGCCUUAUGACAUCCCAUUUGGAGAGCACCAGAGAACAUUCUGCAGAACGAAUGAGUCAGCUAAAAACUGUUUUUCGAAAAAUGCAAGAGGCUCCAGAUUCAACUACCAUUAUAUUUGCAGGAGAUACAAAUUUAAGAGAUCACGAAGUUAUCAAAUGUGGCGGUUUACCUGACAAUGUUUUUGAUGCCUGGGAAUUUUUGGGCAAACCUAAACAUUGCCAGUAUACAUGGGAUACGAAAGCAAAUAACAACCUCGGGAUUCGUGCCGCUUGUAAGCAUCGUUUUGAUCGAAUAUUUUUCAGAGCAGAAGGGGGGCACCUCAUUCCCCAAAGUUUAGACCUUGUUGGUUUGGAAAAACUGGACUGUGGUAGAUUUCCUAGUGAUCACUGGGGGCUCCUGUGCACCUUGAAUGUGGUGUUGUGAAAAGCUUCCCAAAUUCCAGCUUUACAUGUUUGUUUGUAGUAGUUCUGAAUUUGUGCAGAUCUCAACCUUCCAGGAAAGCUAGGUCUAAGACGGGAGAAUUAAUAAACUGGAUGAUUAGUACACAAAAACAAUUAACGUUUUACUUUGUAUCUUAUGUCCUCAGAGUUAAGAAUUGGUGUUUAUAAUAAAUCAAAGCAUACUUAUGUUCAGAA